AACUCCUCUGGACUCUUUGCUACACUGUCAGUUACAAACAGUAGUCUUUUUUAAUUAAUAUUUUCAGUUCAAGGCAGGGGUUACAGUGUUGAUGUGUCUACAUGUUAAAUUCUCCGUCUCAGAGAGGGAAGCCUACGGAGACUGAAUUUGUAUGAUGAAGCAACAGUUAUCUCAGGGACAAAGCUUGCCAACCAAGUGUUGCAAGAAGUUCAAAGGGAUGUAGAAUCGUGGAUAUCCGUUGGCAACAAGAGACCUCAUCUCACUGUCGUAUUGGUAGGAGACAAUCCAGCCAGUCAUAUCUAUGUCAGGAACAAGAUAAAAGCAGCUGCAGCUGUGGGCAUUUCUAGUGAGAUCAUUGUGAGGCCUAAAGACAUUUCUGAGGAAGAGCUCUUAGAUCUGACAGUGCAACUCAACAAGGAUUCGAGAGUCAGUGGUUUGUUAGUUCAGCUUCCUCUGCCAGGCAAGGACAGAUGGCUCCUGCCCCGGAUUUCAUUCUGGGGCCUGAAGGGGCGUUUGGUUCCGAGUGAACCGUGGAAAGCCGGCAUUUCUGGCAGAGUAUGAUGGUCAUUGCUGUCAGAGAUGAAGUUCCAAACAGAAGAAAGCAGAAAAUGAGGAGCUGAUAGAAUUUUGACAGCGGGAAUUCAGUGUUAAGAAGAUCCCUGAACUGAAAAACACUACCAAGACUUCCUGCUGAUUCAUCUCUUCUGAGUAAAUGAAGAAAGUGACUAUGAAAGCACAGCAUCUUCCUUCUGUUUUCAUCAAUGAGGAGAAGUUCAUAACCAGAGAGCAGUUCAGUUUUCUUCUGAAGAAUUAUAACUCUUACUAUUCGGAUCAAGAGAAUCUACAACUGACAUGUAAUCAGCGAGAAGGAAACGCACCAUUUAUUGAAGGAAUCCUGUCAAUAUUUUGGGGAGUGCGACACCCUAUCCGAUUAAAAAUUCAGGAUGAGAAGCUGAUACCCUCUUUUGUAACCCUAAAGUCAACAGGGAGCGUGGAUUUGUUCCCUAGUAAAAGGGGAAUGACUCGCUGGGGAGAAUUUGAUGACCUGCAUCACAUUAGUGGGGAGACACUGAAGUCCGCUGAGGAACAGCCAGACCUCGAGCCAAGUUAUCCAUGUUAUGAAAGCCACACGCUGAAGCCCAGGAGUGAGCAGGAGCACGACUGUGCCACCCUGCCCAGGACCAGCAGCGAUGCCGCGGCGGUGCGGAAGAGGACCAAGCUCCCCACAGCAGCCAGGACAGAAGGAGAAACUCACAGGUUCUCAAUCAAUGGCCACUUCUACAACUACGAGACAUCAGUUUUCACUCCGGCUUUUGGAUCAGAAACCAAAAUAAGAAUCAACAGCCACAUGAGAACCAGACAUGUGAUAGAACAGCUGCUUCACAAGUUUAAGAUAGAAAACAGCCCCCAUGAAUUUGCACUUUACAUUAUCCAUGCAUCUGGAGAAAAGAAGCAGCUGAGGAGUGGAGACGUCCCCUUGCUGCACAGGCUGCUGCAGGGGCCCUCGGAGAAGAUUGCCAAGUUCUUUCUCAUGGAUGGGGAUGUGGAAGAGAUCAGCAGUGACGUUGCUCAGUACAUUCCAUUUCAUCUUCCCUUUUUGGAAUCAAUUUUGCAUAGAAUAAAUGAAGAGGAGAAGCAGGAGAUUCAACAGACAAUGGCAAGGUACCUGAAAGAGAAGAGCCUGAUACGGCAACACCUUCGCAGUCGAACUGUUAGAAAAACAGAGACCACGGUUUGAUGGGAACGGCCCCUUGGGAACAGCCCCCCGGGUGUGUGGAGGGGCAGGCGCUGUGCUGCUUGGUUCUGGGGGCUGGGACUGAGGAGCCCUUCAAGCUCAGGGUGUGCAGAGUGAGGGAGUUUCUCCUGAGCAUUAAACAGCCGAAACUGCCCCCACUGCUGCAGCGCUGGGAUGCGGGCUGGAACCACCUAAGGAGAUGCACUACAUCCCCCAAACAACAGAUGCUGAAUCUGGCUUGGAACUUAGGGAAAAAUAUGCCCUGAAAAGCCUGAGGCUUUAAACCCUGCUGAUGUACAACCCGUUACCAAGAGGCUGGCAUAGGAAAAAUAUUGCAAUAACCACUGUGUUCAUAGAAAAUAUGCAAAUCAAGUAUAUGGUUAUCCCUCUAUUAGAGAAAUGUGGAAUUGUACUAGCAGAAAGCUUUUCAGCAGAGGCAAGUGGCAGAAGGUAUUUAUGUAUUUAAGACAGCAGGUAGGAUUUUCACUUAACUUAUAAAAUAUCCAUGCGAGAUGCCUGAAAUCCCACUAGCUUCAUGUUGGUAGAGGCUGAACUUGCUUAAGCUUUAAGCUACGGUUAGAAAAACAUAAUUGGCAGCCUCCCACGUACAAGCUGCUCAGCUCUUAACCAUGAGAGGGUGUUUAUCCCUGAAAUACCUUGUGAAAUGCAAAAGAAGAACUGUCACUGAACACAGGUGGGUCCUGGAAGGCAUCUCAGUAGUUUUUGCUGCUGUAGUAAGUGAUUCUGUGGUUCUUCCAGCGAUUUCUGUUUGAAAGGGAAUGGAGAAGUGCUCAGGGAGAGGCUGAACGUCAUAGCCAUGGAGGGUUGGGCUCGUGGCCUCCCCAUGGAUGCCGUUUGGGUCCAGCCCGGCCCCAGGUAGGGCACAGCAGCCAAUGCCAGGCCCUGUCUGGUUGAGUUGUGUUGGAUAUUGGAGCUCAAAUUACAGAGAUGCAAAUAAAAUAAAUUGUGUGCAGUUGA